AUUUGACGUUUUUUUAAAGCUUAUGAGAGCAUACUGAAGGCUGAUGUAACCUUUCACGUCUGAAACAAGCUUUUAUUUUGAAGGCGGGCCGGAAGCAGGCGUGUAAAUGGCAUUGGACAGCUCAUGUGUUCGUCAUUCAGGAGCGGCUGUUGUUAUUGAACAAGAUUUCGUUUUUCUUUCUGAGCUGUGAUGACUCGCCCCGUUUGAACACAUGACCUCCGUGAGUCGUUCCCAGUUUAAGUCUAUAUUUCACUCUUGGUUCUGUUUUUAACUGGGAAGCGGUUCUCCAGUAAACAUGAGGACGGAUUAGAGUCUCUGCGAACUUUCGGACCGUUUUAAUCCUCAGGAUGUGAUAGUGAAAUCAGCUGUCGGCUUUAUUUGUGAACUUUUUCUGAUGAUCGGAUCCCUGAAGAAUGAACCCAUUUCCUCUAAUCUUCCUGAUUCUUCAGCUCCCUUCAGCUGUCGCGUCCCUUCCGGCACCGGUCAACCUCAGGAUUAAGUCUCUGAACUUCAAACAUGUCCUGCGCUGGGAUCCGGGACCUGGCAGCCCCCCAGGGACGCAGUUCCGGAUAUAUACGAACAGACGUGAAAUGAAGGGUAAUCCAGUAAACUCAACAUCCUGCGAGCUGAAUCUGAAGAACCCCGAGAAGAACCACGUCAUUGCUGUCGAGGCUUUCUACAACAGCACAACGUCUCCUCGCUCUACAAUCACCUUUCACCCUGUAGCAGACACUGUGAUUGGUCCUCCGCUGCUCUCGGUGGCCAGAUGGGGGACGUGCAUCCAGGGAAACAUUUCGAUGCCUGAUUUAGGUCGAUACACAAAGGCUAUACACUAUGAUUUCAGCUUCACAGUCCUGUGGAGGAAAGGAAAUGAUGGAGAAAUUCAGGAGCUGGAAAUUUAUAAUAGGAGCUUCAAACUCAGCAACCUGGAGAAAGAUGUGGAGUAUUGCAUACAGGUGCUUCCCAAGGCCCGAGUGAACGAAAACACGCAGCCGUCUGAGUGGAACUGCACCUUCGCCAGCAUUUCAGAACCAGAUUACGGACUGUUGGUUUUAGUCGUCGUUACAGCUGUUUUGAUUUCUUCUCUGAUUGCCCUGGUGAUGGGAAUUUUAUGCCUCUGCUACACCGGAUUCCUGUGCAAACUAAAGAAAAUGCCGGCAAACCUCAUGGUCGUUUUGAGGCACAGCUACGUCCUAACCCUGAGCACCACGGACAUCAACCGGGUCACCAUCAUCCCCCAAACGGUAAAAACCAGAAACUGCCCGGCGAUGUCUCCGUCUCCCUCCGGGGACGCCAGCUCUGAGGACGAAGAUGGCGAUGAGGAGGCUGCAGUGAAGCUGUACAUGAACAGAAAAGGAGAACUUUCCACAGGCGGCGGUUCUGCUGACAGCAGUGGGAAAGUCGACGUGAUGAAGGGUGACUUCAUGGAGGUGGAGUCCAACCAGUAUGAGGCCAAAGCAGAAACUCUUUUUAUUUAUGAUAAAGAUCAAUCUGGAAUGGAGGACUCCACAACUCAGCAGGAGGAAGUCAAAAUGGAGACUCUGGAGUUCUCUGGAGACGUCAACCUGUUCUCCGUCACCCUCGCCUCAAUAGCUGCUUGUGAUGAAGACGAGGUAGAGGAGGAUCAGGACUCUGGAAGCUCUUCCAUGGACUUCCUGAGGACUUACACCCUGAAACCUCUGAGCCAGAUGGACUCUGAAAGCAAACGGGAUGAUGGGAUGCGUCCUUCAGAGUCGGGACAAGAUGGCAGCUGCACAGAGUCCUGGAUAGACGAGGAGGAAGAAGAGGAGGAGGAGGAAGAGUUCUCUGGAUAUCUGACAAAUAAAUGAAAUGUUUUCUCACACUGGAGUACUGUACGUUAAAACAGCAUGUCCAUUUCUGAUUCUGCGACUCUGUGUGAACCAGUAGAUGGAAUAAUCACCCACACGGCAAAAACACAAAAUA